AUGCCGACGCCGUCUCCCAACCCGCCGCCCGGGCCUUCCUCGCCUCCGCCGUAUGCCUUCUCGACCUGCCCCGACGACGUCCAACAAUCUCCUCAACCCACCCGCCAAUCCCACGUCGCCACCGAGGCGACCGAGGCCGGUGCCCUGCAGCUCGAGCACGGCUCAUCCACGGAUGGGUCAUCGCCGUCAUCUUCGACUGCCCGGGCUAGCGGCGACGAUAUAGCUUCCACCGAAGCUCUGAUGCUCGGUAGCGGAGCGUCGGUAGAACCUUCAUCAAGAGCUACCACCGUCUCCCCUGGUCCACACUCCAGCAUCACUGGCGUCACUUCUCCUGUCCUGAGCGCGCCAGAUGGUGACCUUCCCAAGCGCCCCGGCAUCGCCCCGGAUGGGCCCUUGAGCCACAUGAACGCCGCUCCAGUGGCGCGAUCUCGACCAUCGCCCAACAGUACCUCGAGCCCGUCCCUGUCCCGCGAUCUUGACCCUGCCGACUCAAUACUAUACGAGGACGGCGAUGAUCGAUUCUCCUCCCCUUCUAUGGGCCCUGAUGUGCCCAAUCUCCGUGCAAUCCCGACCCUCCCAUCCUCCUAUCUGCGUCCCGGUAGCAAGUUCCAUGGCACACAACAGUCCGAGAGACAGGUGUACGAUGUUCAGGUCGAGAUCAAGCACGUCGAUAUGCGAGAGUCGUUUUUGUGCGGUUAUCUACGCAUUCAGGGCCUCACUGAGGAUCAUCCAACGCUCACAACAUUCUUCGAGGGUGAGAUCAUUGGCUCCAAGUAUGGUUUCGAAACGCUGCACGAAGACUGGGGCGCCAACUACAAGACGGACAUGAGCCACUGGGGCAAGUUCAGCGCCUUCAGACCACUUCAUAAGCAAGCUCGGAAGGGACGCGUCGCCAUCCAUGACGUCGCGCAGAGAGAGAAUAUCUUCAUGCGCUGGAAAGAGCACUUCCUCGUUCCCGACCACCGCGUGCGAACCAUUACGGGAGCGAGUUUUGAGGGUUUCUAUUACAUUUGCUUCAAUCAACUCAAGGGGGAGGUUAGCGGGAUAUACUUUCAUUCGAAAAGCGAGAAAUUUCAGCAGCUGGAGUUGAAGCACGUCCCGGACCGUGGCUGCUUCAGCGCAACGGAGUUCCGGUGA